AAAUUAAUUGAUAUUGAUCCUCUUUGGUUCAGAUUCAGGUGCGUGUCUUGAAUAUCUCAGAGUGAGUAAUCCAUCAGUGUAGGAAGCAUGGAUAUUGUCUUCUGUGACAUGCUCUGGGAGUUUCCAUGUCCGGCUAGCGAUCGAUGAUGACCGACUCUCAUUGAUCAAGUAGCUGAAUCCGUUAUCUUUGUCUUCUUCAGCUGGAUGAGUAGCCUUCACAGUUAUUUUAUGGUCAUGUAUUGAUAUAUCCAAUUCCUCCUUCUUGUAUCCUGCAAGGUUCAAUCUUGCUUCAUAUGAAUUUUCAUAUUCUAACAAAUCAAGGCGUGGUUUAGACGUCGAAGGUGCUGUAUUAACGUGUUUUCUUGGUGCAACCUCCUCAAUGAAGAAUUCAAUUGGGAAUUCAAAGUUGCUUGGUUGGUUGUAGAAGAUUGUCAUUGUGUGUUUAAGACUAAGUUAAGUGUGUUUGAGAAGUUGCUUUGUUAGUUUGUUGUUGAUGGUAUACAGUUGAGAUACAACCUCAGCUUAUAUAGUCAUCUACAUUUCCUAGAGACUUCUGGUAGAUUCACCCUCUUCACUUCUCUAGAAUGUGAUAGAAGACUAUCCAACGAUUGGGCUCCAAGUGCAGACUAUACGACCGCUCAAAUACGAAUUAACGUACUCAAAUAAAUUCACAAUUGCUAAUAUCUUCAAUAUUAUGUAAGAAACUCAAUUUUCAGGUAUAACGUCACCUCCUAGAUAUUCGGAGGCUCACAUGAAUGGAAAAUUAACCAGGCGAUUGAAAUCUUGAUUCGGUUUGAAUUCUAGUAUCUCCUUAUAAGCUUUAAUGAUUGAUUCAUAACAAAUUAUUCGUGCAUAUCAGAUCAUAUCACCGAAGUAUCACCGAAGUUUCAACAUUUACAUUUACGUUUGGGAUAAGCGAAUUAACACAUGUAUUGCUCAAUCACUUGACUUAAUACGAUGUAAUACGAUGCUAAAGGGAGAGAAAGUUUGCGUCUUACGUCAUGGCUGCCAAACUAUAAACUGUUGUGUCUUUUCUUUUUCCCCGGAGUUCCGCAAGUACACAAAUUCUUCGCGGUUUGCACUAUAUGGAUGGUCAAUAAAAGUUUGAGCCCCACAAUUUAAUCUACCGGUCCGGAGAAAAAGCUGCCCUGAAUAACAGCAUGAAAGAAUUGCGAUUAUAAAUAGAUGAGGAACUCCGCACUUAAUUAAGCUGAAUAGAACUGUCAACAAAUUUGUUCAAAUAAUGAAUGAAAAACAAGUGAAGCGAUUUCAAGACAUCGGAGAUGGCUCUGAUCAGUCAGGAAAGACUAUCGGCAGCAAUUAUGGUGAUACUCCUAACGAAAUGUAUUUUGAAAAGAAGACAGGAAGUGGUAAGAUAGUAUUAACUGAGGAUGCUGCACCAGAAGUUACAGGAUUUGCAUUCUCUCGGAGGAAAAAAUGGACUAUAUUGACUGUAAUUGUUAUCAUUCAAUUAUCAAUGAACUAUAAUGGAGCUGUUUAUGCUAACAGUGUUAGUGGGAUGUCUGAAAGCUUUAGCAUAUCAGAACAAGCUGCUAGAACAGGGCAAAUGAUACUCCUUAUCACCUAUGCUUUCGGUUGUGAAUUAUGGGCUCCAUGGUCUGAAGAGUUUGGAAGAUGGCCAAUACUUCAGUUGUCUCUCUUUCUUACCAACUGUUGGACUUUAUUACAAUGUCUCGCUCCCAACAUUGGAAGUAUGAUUGUAGGACGUGGUCUUGCCGGUUUAUCAAUGGCUGGCGGUAGCGUAACUUUGGCAAUGGUAGCAGAUAUGUUUUCGGUUGAAGCACAACAAUAUGGAUUGGCUUAUGUUGUUUGGAGUAGUGUAGCAGCUGCCACUUUGGGACCCAUCCUUGGUGGAUUUAUUCGUGUCUUUGCACAACCGGGACCAUCAUGGAGAUGGAUUUUCUGGACCCAGCUGAUAUUUGGUGGAUUUGCACAGCUCUUGCAUUGGUCUAUUCCAGAAACAAGAACAACUAUCUUGCUUGACAGAGAAGCAAAGAGGAGGCGCAAAGAAGCAGCUAAGGAAGGAAAAGAGUUGAACAUUUGGGGACCUUCUGAAGUUUCGGAGGGUAUAUCCGUCAAGGAGGUUCUCACUAUUUGGUACAGACCAUUCGAGAUGUUUGUACGAGAACCAAUUGUACUUUCGUGUUCAAUGUUAUCAGGGUUUAGUGAUAUGCUUAUCUUCAUUUUCUUGGAUUCAUUUACGCCUGUAUUCUCCCAAUGGGGAUUCACACCAUGGCAAACUGGAUUGUGCUUCCUUUCAAUCUUGGUCAGUUACUUCAUUGCAUGGGCAUCUUUCCUUCCCUUUUUCAGAUCAGCGGAGAAGAGGAGGAAACGUGGUUUGUAUGUCUCGCCUGAAGAUCGCCUUUAUUGGCUGUUAUACUUAGCACCGCUUGAGGCUAUUGGACUGUUUGGAUUCGCAUGGACAAGUAUGGGUCCUGACCACAAUCACUGGUUUGGUCCUAUCUUUUUCGCGGCCUUGAUUGGUAUCGCAAAUUAUGCCAUCUAUAUGGCUACGAUUGACUACAUGGUUGCAGCAUAUGGUCCAUAUUCAGCAUCAGCAACAGGUGGAAAUGCCCUCGCGAGAGAUUUCUUGUCUGGUGUCGCAGCGAUGUUUUCAAAUCCAUUCUAUGAGCAUUUCCCAAAGUAUACCUUAGAGUACCCAACAACUAUACUGGCAUGUAUAGCUAUAGCCCUCAUUGUUCCAAUUCACCUCCUUUAUUUCUAUGGACCGGAGGUAAGAAAGAGGAGCAAGUUCGCUCAAUUACUGGCAGGUGAACGUGAAACUACAGACCUUCGUCAUCAAGUUAGAGAUGAAAAAGCGAAUAUAUCAAAGCAUAUAGAAGUAGCUGCUUGAGGAAUACUUUAUUAUUACCGGAUCUACAGCACAUUUAAGUACUAAAUCAAAUAGAUAUCUUUAAGGACUUAUGCCUAUUCUUGUAAUUUCUAGAAUCAAUCAUAUUUAGGUUGACCGCAUAAGUAAAAUGUUGAGGAAAUAUAAAUUCAUUCGUUUUCCCAAAAAUGAUCACGGUGUAAUGGCCGUGAUAUUACGCGUUUUAGGAAUAUUUACUUUCCAACAAAACGGUCAUUAGCAAAUAAUAUAAUAUUAAAUAUGGCAUCCAAUGCGGGUCUAAUCAAGAGUAGUUCUUUUACUUCAUUCGAAAUCCACAAAACCACGCGCAAAUCAGUCAAGAUGUCGUCAUGGCAAACACACCAUAUGAAAUUGAAGCAGCUCGAAGAUGUUAUUAACAGCUAUGCAUCUUUGAAAGAUUUUGCUGAUGCAUUAUCAGCUAAAAUAGCCCAAUUGGAAUACCUCCAAAAUGGUGAAACACGACAAGUCACCACUAUUGAUCUCGGCACAAAGGUGUUCACAAAUCGUAAACGCAAGCACAGUGAUGACUAUCACCACAAUCAGCGCUUGCGUGAUCUUCAAAGAGAUGUUUGGUGGAAAUAAUUAGUCACUCCAGGCAUCAAUGAAGUCGGAAAUUGUAUAUAUGUAUAUU